GAAACUCGAUGUGUUUGCACAAUGAGCCUGUGCAACAGAUAGACGCCCCCUUCUGUGGGGACUACAUUGUCAACAAGGAGGAAGGGGAGGAGUGUGAUUGUGGUGGAAGGAGGCCCUGCAAUGACCCCUGUUGUCACCCUAACAACUGUACCCUUGUGCCAGGUGCGUCAUGUUCUGCCAUGGAUCUCUGCUGCAACCCUGGAACCUGUCAAGUUCGUAGUGCUGGAUUUGUCUGUCGAGCCGAAAACAACGACUGCGACGUAGCCGAACAGUGCAAUGGAACCAGUGCCGAGUGUCCGAAUGACGACUAUAACAGAGCAGGCAUGAAAUGUACUGCAGAUGGAUCAUUGGGACACUGCUACGCGGGAAGUUGUCGAUCUGUGUACUCUCAAUGUCUACAAAUUUACGAUCCCACGGGUUUACGAACUGACUCAGCCGAACAAGACGAAUGUUCGAACUCAAACAGAAGAGGCGACAAAUAUGGAAACUGUGGUUCUAGUUUUCAUGAGGACCUAACUGCAUGUAGCCAAGAAGACCAGAGUGCGAUGGGGAUCAAACCAGGGAAAGAGGGUGGGUUUGUAAAAACUGCAAUGGGUACCACUCUUGUCCCUGUUGUCCCUGUCUUCAAUGUAUUACUGUUGUCGAAGACUCUGUGGUACAUUGAAGACUCUGUG